AUGGGAAAGAAGUGCGGAGAGGUGGCACCUUCGGCUGCGACCGACUCGUGCAAAGAAAGGAGAGCCUAUAAAAAAUGCUUCCAGCGGAUCACAGAGAAAGGCAGAACUCGCCGGGACCCUCACAGCCCACCCGCAGCGACGCCCUGCCGGCAGGUUGGCGCCUCCCGCAUCCCGCCGCUCAGCACCGCUUCUGCCGACCGAAAGGCAGAGAGAUCCGAGCCGAAUGCAGGCGAUGCUGCAUCAGCUCUGCUGGAAUGUUACAGCCACAUUACUCCUGGAGCACUGAAAGGAUAAACGAGUGUGUAUUCUUUCUGCUUUGAGCACAGCAAUAAGGACUGGGGACAGAGGCAAAGAGGCCUCAGAGUAUUGCUCAAAGAAUGGAAAGAGAUCCUUCAGUGGAAAGAGAAAGAAAGGAAAGAGCGACAUAUCUGGCAGUUCCCUGCUCAAAAGGAGAUGCUAGAUGUUGUUGUAAAGCAACUGCAUAGUAUGCAUGAAAAUUAUAACAAACUAAAAGAAGAUUUUGUCUAUAACCUCAGAAUUUUGGAAGAAAGAGAUAAAGAGUUGGAAUCCUAUGAUGUCACAUUCAGUCAUCUGAAAACGUCUGAAAAUGCUAAGCAGGCAGAGAUUAGCAACCUUAAAAUACAGCUGGAUAAACUGGAGCAACUUCUUGUCAAGGAAAGAAGAAAAAGAGCUGAACUUCAUUAUCACUAUCAACAAAACCUUGUAGAACAUAAGUUACAGCUGGAACAGUUUUGCAGGUCAAAGAGCAGUCAUACAAAUCAUCAGCAUGAGGAGUGUGUGAGCCUGAGACAUCACAUGGAGAGAAAACUCCAAGAACUGCAAGGAGAGCUCGCUUAUCUGAAACAGGUGAAACUGCUGACCAGAGAACUGGAGGCCCUCACAGAGACUGGAAUGAAAGCAUCAGAAUCACCACAAGCAGCAGAAUUGGUUAAUUUGCAACUGGAGAAAGAGGAUAAGUACAAGAAUUGGGAAUUAAAUGAUUCUGUAGCUGUGAGAAAUGCCUGGGAGAAAGAGCCAUCUCAUGUUGAUAAGAAAAAGGAUGCACUGUCAGCUUCAUUGGAAGAAGCACCAAUCAAACAGUUUAAAAAGCUGAAGAAACAGAUUAGAGAACUACAGAUGAGACAGAAAAGUCUGGAAGUGAAGCUGCGCAGGAAAGAAGGGAAUCACAGUGCUUGUGUAAGAGAGAAAGAUGCCCUUAUUAAAAAAUAUAAACAACAACUGUCAAUGGCAGCUGAGCAAGAACAGCUUCUGGAACAGAGUAGAACCCAUGCAAAACUGGACUGGCAGCUCUGUGGGAAUGCUGAAAAUCACCAGGAUCAGAAAAUCAGAGGAUCUAACUCCAGUGUGUCUUUACCACGAGAGGCUGACGUUGAUCUACAGAAGACUGACUACAGGUUGCAUGAAGUGGAGUCUGUUCCUUCUGCUUCCCCUGUUAAGAGACAACAGUUAAUACAGUCACCACUGUCGAAUUGUGGUGUUCUUCCUGAAGGAGAGAAGCAGACAUUUCAAUCUGAUGAUAAAAGUUAUCUCAGGAAAGACAUUUCUGACUCGGAGAUACAAAAGCUGCAGCAGCAAAAUGCCAACCUUCGGGCUGUUAUUGCACAGAUGAGGAAAGAAAUGGAGAGCCUCGAUGAGCAAACACCAUCCUCAAUGCCUCGGAGAGAGCAAAGUGCCCCUGGCCACACUGCAGGCAUCCCACCACUCACUGCUGCUGUCCUGAUGGGAAGGGCUGAAGGUUCACUCUGCACAGACCAAGUUUCAGGGAGAACAAUGUCGAGUCAUACGAAUGUCAGCUCAGCUAGCUUAAACCCAGGCACAGAAAAGGGGUCAAUUAACAGAGUUAUGGACAAAGAGGUGAUAGAUUUUGGCUCUGCCUCAGACAACUGUUGUCCUGGUAGUGGUAUUCAGCAUGGUGUCAGCUGCACGCCGCAAGGAACACCAAAUAAACUAAAGGAAGCAGUGAGAACAAUGUCAGUUCUGAGCCAAGAGAAGCAGCAUCUGAUUGAAAUGGGAAACAGACUCAAGACAGAUCUUGAAAUGAUAUUAAAGGAAGGACUUGGGCAUCCUGUUAGCCCAAAGCUCUGCACAGUUUGUGUAGGCUCUGGUGGCCUUUCUCCGAGAGAACUUGUCAAAAGAACACAGUGUCAGCUUUCAGCUUUAAGGCACCUGCAACGCAAGCUCAUAACACAGGAGCUGCAAUAUGCAAAGCAACAGCACCUCUCCAGGAUCUCUUCUUUAAUUGCCUGCCCCAUUUUAAAGGGAGAAAAAGCUCCAAGCAGCUGUGGAGAAGAAAAAGAACUGCUGUCUGCUGAGGUUCAGCUCAAUUCCUCAGCUGGAAAUUAUGGGCCAACGCAACAAAAGGCGGCUGCUGCACCCUCAAGGGUUCAAAGUCAGCCACCCAAGGAAAGCCCUGGUCAAGCCCAGCAGGUCUGGAUUUCUUCAUCUGGAGCACACAGUCCAUGCCAAGCAGUGGAAUUUGAAAUCACGCAUUCAACCGAGCGAGCUGGAAAAUGUCAGGAACACAGCAAUGCCACGAGUGAGCCUGAAAUGCCCACAGCACAUCUGGCAGUCAGAGGUACCAAGCUGGAGGUUCAGCAGAAGCUAAAAUCCAGGAAUUCUCCUUGUACAUACCCCAUAAAACGAAAAAUCUCUCCUACCGUGGCAAAAAUCCGCAACUACAAUAUUAAAGACUGAUUUAUUUGUUGGCUGCAAGUCCUGUGUCUGCUAUUCAGUUGCAUUAAAAUACGUAAAUGUGA